AUGGCGGUCGCUGUCGACGAAGGAUUUAAUCUUUCAGAUCCCGAUAUCAGUCCUCCUGCAGAAAACUCGCACGGUCACGAGCCAGCGCAUGACAGCGAACCAUGCCAACUCGAUACAUUGGAAGCACACGAUGACUUGAAAACUUCCGGCACCACUACUCUAGAUCAUGCUGACAAAGACGAAGAUGACCAUGCGAAGGUCGAAUCGACGUCCAUGCUAAAUCUCGAUGGUGCGGCAUCGCAGGAGGCGCAUACAGAAGAUGUCGAACCCGUGGCGUCUGACCUCGAGUCCAUAACCAAGAGUGUCAACGAGCAAGCAAAGAACAGCCAAAACCCGAACCACCAACAACCAACUCUCCACAGAAUGCACAAGUUCACACUGUAUGAAACGAAUGCUCGAUAUUGGAUAACUGGUUCAGAUAUCACAGACAAAUAUUACAAGCUUCUGAAGAUCGACCGCACCGCACCUCCGGGUCAACUCUCUGUCUUUGAGGACGAAAUUGUGUACAGCAAAAAGGAGGUCACACAGCUUCUUACGACGAUUGACGAUGGCAACAAGGCUACCGGAGGGCUGCGUGUCAAGUGCAGCUUCUGGGGUAUCCUAGGCUUUAUCAGGUUCACAGAUUCAUACUACGUUCUGCUCAUUACCAAGCGACAGCAAGUGGCAAUGAUUGGCGGCCACUAUAUUUACCAGGUCGACGGCACUGAACUGUUUCCUUUGACAAUCGGCGCUGGCUCUCGCUUUGCUCGGGAACGAAAUGCUGAGGAAGGCCGCUUUUUGGGAAUUCUGAACAACCUCGAUCUUACACGUUCGUUCUACUUCAGCUAUUCGUACGACAUCACUCGCACACUUCAGUACAACAUCACCCGACAACGCAACGCGCUCAAUCAAGGAGUACAGCAACCCGGUCAUGAUUAUGAUGAUAUGUUCGUUUGGAACCAUCAUCUCCUGAGUCCGGCAGUAAAACAUCUGAAGAAUGCUUUCGACUGGUGUCUACCCAUCAUCCAUGGCUUUAUCGAUCAGUCGUCUCUCGACGUUUUUGGACGUACCAUUUACAUCACUAUAAUCGGGCGGCGAUCACGUUUCUUCGCUGGUGCACGCUUCCUCAAACGUGGAGCUAAUGACCUUGGGUAUGUGGCCAACGAUGUAGAAACCGAACAGAUAGUUUCGGAGAUGCUUACAACCUCGUUUCAUGCUCCCGGGCCCAGACUGUUUUCCAAUCCGAACUAUACUUCGUAUGUUCACCACAGAGGCAGUAUUCCUCUCUACUGGACUCAGGACAAUAGCGGUGUUUCUCCUAAGCCAGACAUAGAUGUGAACAUGACAGAUCCAUUCUAUCAGCCGGCGGCGAUGCAUUUUGACAACCUCUUCAAACGCUAUGGAUGCCCUAUCUAUGUCUUGAAUCUGAUAAAGUCCCGCGAGAGGACAGCACGAGAGUCGAAGCUCCUCACAGAGUUUCAGAGUGCUCUGGAAUACCUCAACCAAUUCUUGCCUAACGACAAGAAGAUACAGUACAAAGCUUUCGACAUGAGUCGGGCUGCAAAGACAAGAGGUGGAGAUGUCAUCGGUACGCUUGAAGUGAUUGCAGAGGAAAUUAUGCAACAGACCGGAUUCUUUCACAACGGAGAUACGGAGGAUGGAUUACCUCAAGUUCAGAAUGGCGUGGCUCGAACCAAUUGCAUCGAUUGUCUGGAUCGCACCAAUGCAGCCCAAUUUGUCAUCGGCAAGCGCGCUCUUGGACAUCAACUACGAGCACUAGGCGUAAUACCGACUGCAGAUAUGGAGUAUGACUCGGAUGCGGUCAACGUCUUCACACACAUGUUUCACGACCACGGAGAUACCAUAGCCAUUCAAUAUGGCGGAUCUCACUUGGUCAACACCAUGGCUACGUACAGAAAGAUCAAUCACUGGCACAGUCAAUCGAGAGAUAUGGUGGAGAGCUUCAAGCGAUACUACCACAACUCGUUUCUCGACUCUCAGCGGCAAGAGGCAUACAAUCUAUUCCUCGGCAACUACAUAUGGGCACAAGGUCAACCGAUGCUCUGGGAUCUCUCUACAGAUUACUACCUGCAUCACACAGACCCCAAGAAAUGGCUCGACCGUCCUCGCAAGAGCUACAUCAAUUGGUUCACGCCAGAGCAUCUUGAGCGACGAACAUUGCCACCAACAGCUCCGCGUAGUCAAGCCUCAAAACAAGCCCAGCAUCCGGCGGAAUGCGAUGACUACUGGUUGGAGUAUUACAGACCUCUCGCAGUUUCGUCAUUCGUCAAAGUCUACUCUUACAAGAUGAAUACAAACCAUCGUUUCCUGCCCGAGAGGCCGAACAAAGACACAAAACACGAUUUCAGCCCGUUCACGCCUCGUAUCGACCUGAACAGAAACUCACCCGACUCGCCAGAAAAGAAACCUUUACGCAAAGGUGUGACGAUUGUGGACCCUCAAAGCGAAAAUGAGGCCGGUCAUCAGCAGGUGAGCAGGAGUGCCGCAGUAACAACAAUACCAGAGGGCAUCCUGCGUGACACCACAGCCGAACGCACGACAGCAGACCCAGAAAACCAGAAGUCGGUCAAGAUUGCAGAUAAGGCUGCCAUCACACAAAUGACUCUUAACCGCAUCUACGAUCACUCGCUCAAUCCAUCCGUCACGGCCGAAGAGAUGAACGAAUACGAACGCUACAUCACACACCCGACCAAGAUUCCGCUGGUCGUAUCGACCGAGCUACCACCAGAGACGACACUUAAUCUGGAUUUCGUGGACUAUGUCAACAGCGGCAAAGCGGGUGUCGACUCUGGUGAUGAAGGUAGUAACGGCGUACUCGAGCCCAGUGAUGAGGACUUGGCCGAGUUUGCCGAUUUCCUGACAGUCAGAGAAGAUCCGUUGACUGUUUGGGAAGAAGAUGGAGAUAAGAAGAGAUACAAGGCAUAUCGGCAGUGGCUGAAAGGCAAGAGUUUGUUCAAACAGAGCAAAGUGGACCCGGAGUACAGACAGUGA